GAAAUUACGCAUCUUAUUUCAAAAUCAACACAAACCGAUAUUUUAAAUGUUUAUAAUCAUUCACCUAUCGUCGCAGCUGUUCAAACUCGUGCUAUGAAAUUACGAAAUCAAACUUUAAAUGAUAUUACCGAGAUACCAAAAUUAACAUCUGAUUCUCUAAAUACUUCUACUGAAGAGAAUCGCAUUAUUCCAUUUUCAAUUGAAGAAUUAAUACAAGCUCAACAGAAUGAUAAUUAUGCAAAAAAUAUUCUAAACAAUAUCAAGAAAUAUAAAAAUUAUAUUAUAAAAGAUAAUCUUUUAAUGCGAAGAUUAAAUCGUCCCGUUCCUUAUGUACCACAAGGUAAUCUUCGAAAAACAAUUUUACAUAUUUAUCAUGAUACUGCAGCAAAUGGUGCGCAUUUCGGAAGAGAUAAAACAAUAUAUAAAAUUAAACAACGUUAUUUUUGGCCCUCAAUGUACAAAGACAUUAAUAAUUAUGUUAAAUCAUGUAUUUUAUGUGCUCAAUAUAAUCCUCGUCGACACAAACCUCCCGGUCGAUUACAACCAACUCAACCUCCAGACGGCGUAUGGCAGUUAGUUUCUAUGGAUUUUCACGGUCCUAUUAAUCCAACAUCUCGACGUGGAAACAAAUACAUUAUAUGUCUUACUGAUAUUUUAUCAAAAUUCGUUGUUACAAAAGCAGUACGUGAUAAUACUGCAUACACAGUAGUUAAGUUUCUUAAAGAAGAUAUUAUUUCAAAAUUUGGUACACCUCGAUGUAUUUUAACAGACAACGGCACUCAUUUCACAGCAACAAUUAUGAAUGAAUUAAUUAAGCAAAUUGGAUCAACGCAUUUAUAUUCAACCCCAUAUCAUCCUCAAUCCAAUGGUCAAGUUGAAAGAUACAAUUCAACAAUGGAUGCAAAACUUGCUGCCUUAUCCAAUAUACAAAAAACAGAUUGGGAUGAUCAAUUACCAUUUGUAACUUUUAAUUACAAUACAUCGAUCCAUGCCGCAACCAAACAGAUUCCAUUCGAAAUGAUGUAUGGUCGACCACCAAUAUUACCAUUUGAUUAUCAAGACGAUAAUGUUACCAUUCAACAUGAUGAUGAACACGUGAAAAAACUUCAUCAAUUUUUAACAAAAUUAAAUGAACAAGCAAAAAUCAAUAUUAUUAAAAACCAACAACGCUAUAAACAACAUUACGAUGCAAAUCGUUCUGAUCCAUCAUAUAACAUUGGUGAUCUUGUUCUCGUCAAGACACCUCACAUGUAUUCAAGAUUCAAUAUUCGUUAUGAAGGUCCAUUCAGAAUUAUAAAAAAGCUUGCACCAAAGACAUUUAUCGUACAACACAUCAAGAAACAAACAUUACAUCGUCAAGUUACAACUGAUGUGUUACUUCCAAUCUUUGAACGCAUUCACUAA